UGUUGCAUGAUGCGUACUUCAAAUCAUUUGCCUCUCCUGGACGGAAAAUAUCAUAUCGUACAUUCAUUUCAAGAGGACAAAUUUAUUGCAUUUUCCUGUUCUGCAGGGUGAAGAAUUCUGAGAUCCAUCCUUAACACUGGAGAAAAUUUGAGAAGAAUCCUGAGGUACAUAGCCGCAGUUAUCCAUGGCAUAUUGUCAUCGACGCUGACAUGCCUCUGAACACAUUCAAACCUAUGAAGUGGAUAGCAUCUCUCCACCAUACAGAGCCUUUGAUGCUGACGCAGUUCUAAUAACACCAGCCCACACUUGCAACUAUCCGCGAAUAUGGCUUCCACCAUGCCGAAUAACAACGUUUCGCCUGCCGACAUAAGUUACUUGAGAACGCUCUGUGAGACUGAAAAUGCUUUGGAACUGGAAAGUUACUUGUCUCACUACGCUGGAGACAUAAAUCUGGCAUUUUGUGACAACUACUGUAACACACUCCUCCAUUUAGCAGUUAAAUCAGGAUCUCUAGAAUGUGUCAAAGUUCUGCUGAAUAGAGGCGCCAAAACAGACGUGAAGAAUACGGACAUGAAUACACCUCUUCAUUUUGCAGCGAAAUUAAAAUCAUCAGAUUGCCUCAAAUAUUUAUUAAAUUCCGGGGCCAAAAUUUGUGAGAGGAACACAUCGCAAAAUACUCCACUCCACUAUGCAGCUGAAGCACCUUGUGCUGAGUCAGUCAAACUGCUCAUAGAGCACAUAUCUGGCAGUUCGUCACACGAUUUGGAACUUGAAAUUAAUCUAAAAAAUUCAAGCAAAAGAACUCCGCUCCAUUUAGCUUCUCAGUCCGGAUCUGUGGAGUGCAUAAAAUUACUUGUUGAAAACAAAUGCACAGUGUCCCUGGAAGAUGAAAUCGGAAACACCCCUUUACAUUAUGCAGCCAUGUCAGGCUCAGUAGACAGUGUCAGAUAUUUAAGUGAAAGUGGGGCAAAUUUGCUUUUGACGAACAAAGACAAGUACACAGCACUGUACAUGGUUCUGAAUAAUGUUCCAAACGGAGAGGAUCUUCUGAGAGAGAUUCUGGAUGAAAGUAUUGAGGUGCAUAUGCUAAGCGAAGGGAAGGAGGAGCUCAGGGUCUCUUUCAAAGUACUUUGUCCUAAAGCCAUGAACAAAAUGGCGGUCGCUAACAGACUGUAUACACAUCACAGGCAAAAUAAGAAACUCCUUCUUCACCCUUUGUUAAAGACGCUCAUGCAUUUGGAAUGGGAGGAGUGCAAAUACGUCUUGUGGUAUCGAUUUUCAGUUUAUCUCCUGUAUCUCUUAAUCCUAACUGUAUUCGUCUCCUCGCCUCCCAGUAGUACGUUGUCAACGAUGAUGCGUGUCAUGGUGAGCUUUCUGUCUAUCCACGUGGCUCUCUUUUGUGUCCCAUAUUUACUUCCCGGGCAGUAUUCGUGGUAUCGACGAAUUAGCAAAACCCUUCUAACGGUAGUUCCGCCCGCUUUUACCCUUGUCACGGUCUCCAUUCCUUACAACCCUGAGUGGUAUGGAAUAUCUAUCCUGUUCUCCUGGCUGUCUAUGCCACUGUAUUCCAAUGCUAUAUACUUGAUCAGUCACCAAACAGGAAUGUUCAUAUUCGUCACUAAGGAGAUAUUUACACAUUCCUUGGUUCUUUUGUUCGUUCUUGUUGGGUUCUCACUGACCUUCUUCGUUCUAUACUACGAAGAAAAUGACUCUAGUUUCAACAACUUCUGGCACACCUUUCUCUACACAACUUUGGUACUUCUUCAAGGGGGCGGAUUAGGAGAUCUUAAGACAUCCGAUGGGAACAGAACUUCCGAUGCUACAGAUGAAGACGGGUAUCUCACCUACAUCACCGAAACACUGUCCAGCAUGAGGUUUGCCAGCAUUGUCGCUUCUUGUUUGUUUUUACUUAUAGUGAUCAUAGCUUUGUUGAAUAUGUUGGUAGCACUGGCUAUUAGAGGCGGUGAUGAACUCAGGGACUACGGGCAGGUGUACCACUUAUGGAGUCAGGCACAGUUGCUUUAUGAAUGGCACGAGGUAAAGAGAUAUUUCCGCAGAACUCUUACUGCAGGAAUGUAUGAAAUAUUCUACGACCAGAGUUACAUCAUGAUUGGACACGGGGAUGUUCCUAUGUCUCUGAGAAAUGAACUCAAUGUCGUGGCCAAGUAUAAAAAUAAAAAGAAGGUGCACGAACUUACAAUUAGUGAGAUGAUAGAAGAAAUGUUAGCUUUGUUGUAUGAGGUACACGACUUGAAAAAUAAAUAACACUGUAGGAGCCUUCACUGUUCUUGCCUAUUGACGUUUUCAUUUAAGAAUGGUGUGUCAACCACUGGGUUUAGUAUCGUAAGAGGAAAAAGCAAAUCUUGUUCUCUAGUUUGAUGAAACAGACAAAUCUUAAAAGACUAACGUUGGGCCGCGCCAUAGCUCAAGCGAUUAAUCGCUGGCUUCCCACCGCGUCGGCCUGGGUUCCAUCCCGC